CGUAGCAGAAAUAAUUUAUAGUUUAUUCUUUAGCAGACGACGUUCACUGUUACAUUUGUUUCGUUUCGCCAGGGUUUUUAAAAUUUAUUUACAGUUAUUAAUUUUAAAUUAUUAAACUAAUAAUUCUUGUUGAAAUGCAAUUAAAGUGUUUAAGAUUCUUUCACUUUCAAUAAUAAAAGAAUUUAAGAAAUGAGUGUGUUCAUGAACGUAGUAGUUUUUAGGUUAGGAAAGUAAAAACUUUCGCGAGUUGUGAUUAGAAAUUGUAAAUAAAUAAUAUUCUUACGCAAUUAUGUCUGUGAAUAUAAUGCUUUUUAAUAUUAUAAAUCAUAAUGUAAAGCGAUAUGCUUGUCAUCUAAAUACUUUACAAAAUUUUCGAAAUUUAAGACCUGCAAGAUGUCUAAUCUUAAAAAGAAAUUGUUCAUCAGCUGCAAAAGUAAAUGAGACGCCGAUAGAGAGAAUUCGUAAUUUUUGCAUAAUUGCUCAUGUAGAUCAUGGCAAAAGUACAUUGGCCGAUCGUCUCCUGGAAAUGACAGGGGCCAUUCAAACAAAUUCGGGAGCUCAAAUUUUGGACAAGCUGCAAGUGGAGAAGGAGCGCGGAAUUACAGUGAAGGCGCAAACGGCUUCCUUGAAAUACACUCACAAGGGUGUGGAGUAUCUUUUGAAUUUAAUCGACACUCCAGGGCACGUCGAUUUCUCGUCCGAAGUCUACAGAUCACUCGCCGCGUGUCAGGGCGUAAUUCUGCUCGUCGACGCCAACGAUGGUGUUCAAGCGCAAACAGUUGCCAACUUUUAUCUCGCUUUCGAAAAGAAUCUACCCAUGAUUCCCAUUAUUAAUAAAAUCGACUUGAAAAAUGCCAAUCCUGAUCGUGUUCUGAAGCAAUUGAAUACUCUCUUUGAAAUAGAGAGCGACGAUGUGUUGAAAAUAUCUGCCAAAAAUGGAACAAACUGUGAAGCUGUUUUAGAGGCAAUCAUUGAAAGAAUACCUCCACCACCGGUUUUGAGAAAUGAGCCGUUCAGGGCAUUAAUAUUCGACAGCUGGUACAAUAAAUACAAGGGCACUGUCUCUUUAAUUUACGUCCAACAAGGAAAGGUCUCGGUAGGAGACAGUAUUUCGUCUUGUCACACUGGAAAAACUUACGAAGUCAAAAGUUUAUCUUUCCUGAGACCAGAAGAGGAGGAAGUCAAAGCAUUAUAUGCAGGUCAAGUUGGAGCUCUGAAAUGCAACAUGAAAUCACUGAAGGAAGCUCACAUUGGAGACACGUUUCGUCUAAAGGACUCUACGGUGCAGCCUCUUCCCGGGUUUAAAGUCGCAAAGUCAAUGGUGUUUGCAGGAAUUUAUCCUAUAGAUCAAUCUCAGUUUACCGAACUUCGCAGUGCUUUAGAAAAAUUAAUUUUGAACGACAAUGCCGUUACUGUCGUGGAAGAAUCGAGUCCAGCGCUAGGUCAGGGUUGGCGACUCGGGUUUCUCGGAUUGUUGCACAUGGAAGUGUUUGUACAGAGACUGGAACAAGAAUAUGGAGCUGAGCCCAUUCUUAGCUCUCCUGGAGUCACUUAUAAAGCAAAAGUAUUUGGCACUAAAAGUAUUGAGAAAUAUAAGGGAGAGGAAUUUUAUUUUAGUAAUCCACUUGAGUUUCCAAAUCCUGUUAAUGUGACAGAGUUUUAUGAACCGAUAGUGCGAGGAACUAUUAUAACUCCAGCUGAAUACCUGGGAGGAAUUAUGACUUUAUGCUCGGAGAAAAGGGGAAUCGAAGAGUCCACCAAGUAUAUCGAUAACCAAAGAAUGAUGCUACAGUAUAUAUUUCCAUUAAAUGAGAUUAUUAUGGACUUUCACGGUAGUUUGAAAUCCGUCAGUUCCGGUUAUGCGAGUUUUGAUUAUGAGGAUUGUGGAUACCAAGAAUCAAAUAUUGUUAAGAUGAACGUAUUGUUAAACGGAAACCCAGUUGAAGAAUUGAGUUCAAUAGUGCAUGCAAGUAAUGCAGUUGUGAAAGCUAAAGCAUUGUGUCUUAAAUUGUUAAAUAAUAUCCCUAAACAACAGUAUCAUAUAUCAAUUCAAGCGGCAGUAGGUGCCAAGAUUUUAUCCAGGGAAAAUUUACCUUGUUUAAGAAAAGACGUUACCGCCAAGCUCUACGGGGGUGAUGUGACAAGAAAAAAGAAAUUAUUAGCCCAACAAGCGUCUGGAAAAAAGAAGUUGAGAAUGAUUGGUAAUAUUUCCAUCCCUAGAGAAACCUAUAUUAAAAUUUUACAAAGAUAAAUAUUUUCUUUUUAUUUAGCUUUUUUUGACAAAAAAUAGUUUUGAGUGCUCUUUUAAAUUGAUUUCAAUUUAAGGAGACACCGUAUUAAAAUUCAAAAAAAAAUUUUAUUCGCUGUCGAUAAAAUAGGUUUGACUUUAUUCCAGCCGGGGAGUUUUAAAAUUUCUCGGUCUAUGAUACAUUUAAACUUGUAAUAAAAUAUACACUGUGAGAGGGAAAAGAAGAUGAUAAUUGUAGCAAAAAUUUCGUAUAAUGUACAUAAUUUAUUAUGAAAAUUAAAACUAUAGACUUUUUGAAAUAAUUCUUCUUUAAUACAAAGGUCUAUUUAAAUAGUA